AUGUCUCGUAUUCUCCAAUACUUUUCCAUCGGCAUUGCCAUUUUCUAUUUUCUGAGCUCUCAUGUCGCUAGCCACCCCUUCGACCUGUUGAAGAGGACUUCUGUGUACAAAGGCCGCACAAAUGCGACUGAAGCGACUGCCUUUGCGCUGACGUAUGGAGCACCAAUUGGUGCCUAUGUCAAUUUCACGGCUGGAUCGCUCGCAGCCGUCGGAACCAAUGCCAUCCAACAUAGGCGCGUACUUAUAGAACAGAGCCUACGAGCGGUUGUACGUCCGAACCAUGACACCCUGUACAGUUCUGCGACAAUCGAUCUGUCGCAGGUUGAUGUUGUCCUCGAAGUUCCAAUCAUCCCAGACCGUUACUGGGCAUAUUCUCUCUAUGACUUUUAUGGCAACAACUUCGCAAACAUCGGCGUGAUAAAUCGCAACCAGCCUGGAAAGUAUCUAGUCAGGUAUGUUGUUGAUGAUGGUAUCAUGCCGGGGUUGCAGCGAUCAUGUGACGGCUACAUGGGCUUCGUAGAUUCCCCCACGCCAUAUGCCUCUCUUCUUGUCCGGAUCCUGGUCAGGGAUCAAGGAUUGGAUCUCGAGAAAGUCCAUACAUACCAGAACCGAACGCACUUGUACGCGGUUAGUCAAACAUCCAACCCUCGGUGCAGUCAAUCCAUUCCCGGGUUGUCAUCGCGCCUCUUGAAUAGCUCUCUUUCUACCGACGUCAAUGUUCGAAUCCUAGAGCAGACGGCCCGGCUCGCACCCAACAAUCCGCCGCAGGAAAUUUCCGAUUUGACGCGCGUGAACAGGAUUCUUGAACAAGCUGGGCUCAAGGACGGCUUCUACACUCCAAACCCCAAUGUUAAUUUGACAGCAGCGGCAGCCAUGUCAGCCGAAUGGCUCAACAGUAUCUUCACUACCCCAGGACAAAUUAUCGAUCUCGGAAACGGCUGGCAACAUCCAUCGUACGAUCGAUGUGGCGAUUUUGGUCUUCAUUACGAAGUUCGAGCAGAGAUCGCGUACAACGGAUAUCUCCCACUUGUUUCCACGGAAGCCUUGUAUCCCGCAUAUCAUGCUUCUAAUAACGAUCUUCGGGCAGAGCUCUCGCUCAACACCAAUGAAUCACUCAUCUUCACAUUUGCAAGCAAGCCCCCUCUCGAGAAAUCUGGUUUCUGGAGCUUCACAGCAUACGGGGCGGAUCAAUUCCUCAUUCCCAAUCCAAUGGACAGAUAUACACUCGGCGAUCGGAGCAACCUAAGACAUGCGGGCGGCACGCCUCUCUAUCCGGGAGCUGCUGUGACUGAAAAUGAACCAUUUGAGAUCCUGGUUCAACCGGCGAAUGUAGCCCCGCCGGCAAAUUGGACAAGCAAUUGGCUUCCCUCGCCAGCGGGCGGUGGAACAUUUACUGUCAAUCUCCGAUUCUACGGUCCCAGCGAUGAAUUAAGAAAUGGCUCGUGGCCAUACCCCGUGGUAACAAGAUCUGCUGCCAUCCAGGCGUGA